AUGCCGACAUGUAUGGUGGAUGGAAGCAAAGAGCAUCGAAACAGAAUCGAUGCUCUGUCGGUUCAGCUUUCGAGAGCUUCUACUCUGGUAGAACAGCAACCAGACACUACAGCACUACACGCACAGUUUGAAGGUAGAGAGUUGUACGAUUACCGUGCAACCUGGACAUUCGAGGAAGAAUCAAAGGUCAAACUGAAAACCGACAUACGGCUUCUCGGUUGGCUCUCGAUCAUGUUCUUCGCGGCGCAAUUGGAUAGCACGAAUAUAUCAAAUGCCCUUGCGGACAAUUUCCUCCAUGACCUUGGGUUCACUAUGACGGAAUAUGGUAAUGGCACGAUGAUACACCGUAUUUGCUUCUUGAUUGGAGGGCUCCCGUCUCAAAUGAUUGCCAUGCGUUAUGGAUAUCGGUAUCUUCUUUCUGGACUGUUGUGUGCAUCAGGAGCCGUAGCCUGGACUCAAGCUUGGAUGCAAAGUGCAGCUGGGUUCUAUUUUACCAGAGGUCUGAUAGGAUUACUUGAAGGUGGAUUCGGACCAUUGACGGUGAUGUGCUUAUCCAAUUUCUACACCAACAAGGAGUUGGGCUUUCGAAUAGCCAUACUGAGUUCUGGGAUCAACAUUGCAAGAGCACUGUCCACUUUACUGGCUGCUGGCUUGCUUACUAUGCGAGGAACGGCUGGUAGACCAGGUUGGUUUUGGUUGAUCCUGAUCAACGGCUUACUGAUCUUCGUGAUCGGACUUGCGAGUAUAUUCUACCUGCCCUCUGGACCGACAAGGACUCAGACAGUCCUCUGGAGGAAGCCGUGGUUCACAAAGAGGGAGCAAAUGAUCGCGAUCAACAGGCUGCUCAGAGACGACGCUUCGAAAGGCAGGACAGGCUCCAAAACUCGCGCAAGCAUGCGCGAUAUCUGGAACACAUUCAAAGAUCCAGGGUUGAUCGGUUUCUGGUUUUGCGCCAUGAUCAUCUACAUUCCCAAAAGCCCCGUCUCGCAAUACCUCGUGCUCAGCCUCAGACAACUCGAUUUCUCGCGAUUCGAAAGCAACGUCCUGACCAUGCCCUCCGACUUCAUUCGCGUCAUCACAAUACUCACCCUCACACGAAGCAGUGGCCACUUCAAGGAAAAGGCAUUCCACUGCACCAUACCAAACUUUAUAGAGAUACCACUAUUCGCGACACUGUUGCUCCUACCCUCGUAUGGCUAUGCGUGGGUGAGAUUCGCAAUCCUCACGCUGAUCAUUGGGACGCCUAGUUCCCAUCCUAUCAUAGUUUCGUGGAUCAGCUGUAAUAGCUUUGAUCCCAAGAAGCGAGGUAUAGCUAUUGCUUUGUUUGGCACGAUUCAUGAGAUUGGCAGUUUUGCAGCUGCAUACAAUGACAAACCGUACUACUAUACUGGUAACAAGGUUCUGAUAUCGAUAUGUGCGGCAUCUGUGGUGGUCAUCUUGACACACAGAGAGGUCCUCAAGCACAUUGACCGGAACAAGAAAAAGGCAUGGGAGAAUCUGAGUGAGAUUGAGCAGAGAGACUAUGAUCGAGUCCAGGGAUCCAGGAGUGGGAACAAGAGUCUUACUUUUUCUUUUGGCUACUGA